AUGAUUAUGGAUUUUCUGAGCGAGAAGUUUGCCCUGAAGAGCCAGCCGAGCAAGAACAGUGACUUUUACAUGGGAGCAGGAGGCACUUUGGAGCACGUUAUGGAAACUUUGGACAAUGAGUCCUUUUAUAGCAAAACGUCAGGCAGCAAAUGCGUGCAGGCCUUCAACCCUUUGCAAAGGGCUGAGCAUCAUGUGAGGCUGGAGAGGACAUCACCCUGCCAGGACAAUAACGUGAACUAUGGGAUUACUAAAGUGGAAGGACAGCCUCUUCACACAGAGCUCAGCAGGCCCAUGGACAAUUGCAACAACCUCAGGAUGUCUCCCGUGAAAGGGAUGCAGGAGAAGGGGGAGCUGGAUGAACUUGGCGAUAAGUGCGACAGCAACGUCUCCAGUAGUAAGAAGAGGAGACACCGAACAACUUUCACCAGUUUGCAGCUGGAGGAACUGGAGAAAGUAUUCCAGAAAACUCACUACCCUGAUGUCUACGUAAGAGAACAGCUAGCUCUGAGAACAGAGCUCACUGAGGCCAGAGUCCAGGUUUGGUUCCAGAAUCGAAGAGCAAAAUGGAGGAAGAGAGAACGCUACGGUCAGAUCCAGCAAGCUAAGAGCCAUUUUGCUGCCACCUAUGAUAUAUCUGUUCUUCCAAGGACUGACAGCUACCCUCAGAUUCAGAACAAUCUGUGGGCAGGGAACGCGGCGAGCGGUUCUGUGGUUACUUCGUGCAUGCUGCCACGGGAGACGUCCUCCUGCAUGACGCCUUAUUCCCACUCCCCUCGGACAGAUUCUGGCUACACAGGCUUUUCAAACCACCAGAAUCAGUUCAGCCACGUGCCCCUCAACAAUUUUUUCACUGACUCUUUGCUUUCUGGGGCGACCAAUGGACAUGCUUUUGAAACCAAGCCGGAGUUUGAGAGGAGGUCCUCCAGCAUUGCAGUUCUACGGAUGAAAGCCAAAGAGCAUGCUGCCAAUAUUUCCUGGGCCAUGUAA